CGGAGGUGACGCGCGGCCGCGCGGCACGCGGCGCCAGGGGGGCAGCGGGGAGCAAGGGCCGCGCCAUGGCGGCGGCGGCGGGCGGGCGGCGGGAGCUGCUGGCCCUCAUCCACCAGCACCUGCUGCGCGCCGGGUACGCCAGGGCGGCACGGGAGCUGCAGGCGCAGCUCGGGCAGAAGCUGCUGCCUUCCCUGGCCACCUCGCUGGAGGAGAUCUUCACCCACUGGGAGAAAACUCCCUCGAAUUCCAGGAGAAGGAAGGUGAGCGAUGACGAGGCAGCCAUCCCAGAAAAGAUCAGAGUUCCUGAUCCCGUGAGCAGCUCUGAGAGCUCAGAGAAGGAAGAAGACGAGAAAGAGAAGACAAAACCCGUAAACGCAGCCAGCCGUUCCCUGGCCGCGAACUCAGCAGUGAGUGCAGAAAGCAGUGAAGAUGACGACUCCUCGUCAGAAGAAGAAAUGCCAGCUGGAAAAGGUGCAAUUAAGGUGACACCAGCUGUGGAGAGCAGCAAAGCUGCCAACUCGCUGCAUUCUCCGCAUAAACCCAGCGCUCCAGCAGGCAAAGCGGCGCUGCCCUCUGCUGCAAACAGAACUGUGCUCUUGAGUAAGCAGCAGCCCAGUGCACCGGCUGCGUCUCCGGCCAAGGCUGGGCAGAAACAGCCCGGUCCUGGGAAACCUGGACAAGCUGCAACAGCCGUGAACAAAGGAGGGCAAAGCAAAACGCCGGUAACAACCAAAGCACCUGAAAGCUCCAGCGGCAGCAGCAGCAGUGGCAGCGGCAGCAGCAGCUCCUCGUCAGACAGCGAGGAGGAAAAGGAGCCUCCUGCUGUGAAGACCGCAGCCCCCAAAGUGGAACUGAAGCAGGCAGCUGGGGCUGCUGAAAGUAGCAGUGAGGAAUCAAGCGAUGAGACGUCUGAGGAGGAGGAGCUUGCGACUCCAGCAGUCCAGGCAAAACCAGCUGUUAAAGCAGCGCAGGUUAAUUCCACACCUGUGAAAAGCGUUAAUGCAACACCUGUGAAAAGUGCACCUGCUGCUGCAGCGCCCGCCAAGAAGAGCGCAGCGAGGCCAGCAGCAGUGCCACCAAACCAGGCCAAGCCCGGGUCAGCGACGGUUGCUGGGGCUGCAAAGGCUGACGACACCUCGGAGAGCAGCGACUCCUCAGACAGCGAAGAUGAGGAACCUCCGUCAGGAACCCAAACGAAGCCACCUCCAAAACCCUCCCAGGCCAUCCCACCCCCAGUGAAAACCACACCAGCAGCAUCGCUCGCCAGCAAAGCAGCUCCAGCAAAACCCCUUCCGCUGUCCCAAGGGAAGCCAGCACCGAAACCAGCAGUGCCAAAGCAGGCUAUAACCGUGCCGGGAAGGACUGCUGCUCCCACAAAGCCUGCUGGAAGCACAAAGCCGGAGGAGAGCACUGACUCCUCGAGCAGUGAAGAGGAGGAUCUGCCUAUGCCUGUCAGCCAGAAGAGGUUAACAGAACAGCCCGGGCCUGUUCCCGGCCUGAGCCAGGCUAAAGCUGGCGUGCUUGAGAAGGCCGCGGGAAGCACUUUGAAAAGCCCGACCUCAGAAAGCGGGAGCAGCGACUCGUCUGACAGCGAAGAGGAGUCCCCGGUGGCACAGCCGCAGCCUCCGCAGGCUGGUGAGUCUCCUGGUAGCGGCCGGGAUCCCUCACUUCCAUCUUUGUGCUUUGUGGAACUGCCCGGGCUGUUAGUGAGAGUUCCUCUUCUGGACAGCCAAGGAGAGCGACCGCUUCUUGUGGUGAUGAUCCCUUGCGUUUUCCCUGCAGCGAAAACCAGUGCCGUGCCCCAGCCAACAAGCGGGAAGACGGUGCCGGCUCCCACGCCAGCCCCGGUGCCAGCCCCAGCCCCUCCUCCUGCGGACAGCAGCGACGAUUCCAGCGAGGAGUCGGAUUCAGAUGAGGAAGUAGUUCCCCCCACACAGAGCCUGUCCCAGCAGAACAUCAGGCCAACCGCGGCUUCCAACACGGUGGCUGCCAGGGCUGUGGCCCCGUCACCUUCUGGGAAGGGGAUAAAAACGCCUGCUGUCCCUCCGGUGUGCAGAGUGCCUGAGAGCUCGGAGAGCAAGGCAGUGGUGGGAGAGGCCCUUCCUCCUCCUUGCCUAAAGCAGACAGCUUCUCCAGGGAAAGCUCCUCCAGCCAACGCUGCUGCCCCGCAGCCUGCUUCGGCGCUGAGGAGCCCCACGGACAAGUCGAAGAAGCCAGGCCCGCAGCCAGCACAGGACACCAGGCUGAGCCAGGCUGCGCCCCCCACCCAGGCAGAGGAGACCUCGGACAGCAGCAGUUCCUCCGACAGCGAGGAGGAGACGCCCAAGCAGCCCCCUAAACCUGCAGGCGUGCUGCAGAAACCGGGAGGGACUGAGCCAGGCCACAGCUCCUCCUCGGACUCCAGCGAGGAAGAGGAGGCAGUGUCACAGUCCCUCCUCACAGGCUAUCCGGGCCUCUCCAAUGCCCCGGCAGCACCUCAGGCACCAAAGACAGUUCCCCCCCAGCCUGUAAGCAAAGCAGGGCAAGGAAAAGCAGCCGUGCCUGCCGCUAGCUCCCUCGCCAAGGUCCCUGUGAGAGCAGCCCCAGCUGACAGCUCCAGCAGCGACAGCAGCGACUCCGAAACAGACGUCGAGCAGGUGCCUGCAAACCACAGAGCAGAAACCAACCCCCCUCCAGGACAGGAAGCCGCAAGAGCCUCCAACAAAGAGAAGGUGGCAGGAAAAAUGGAUCCAGGUCAUACCAACCUCAAGCCUUCCCCGGUCAAGAAAGCCCUGGCUGUGAAAGAGAAUGAUGUUGGGGCAAAAGGGACACAUGUGACCCCCGUGCUAGGAACACUGCUUUCGGUCCCACAGUCAGAGGAUUUGAGCUCGGGGAGCAAAAGUGACAUCAUAGCUGCCAAAAUUCCAGCAGUACAAACGCUGGGAGGGUCGGAAGAGAAAAAGAAGAAGAAAAAGGAGAAAAAGGAGAAAAAAGAGAAGAAGGAAAAGAAGAAACCUUCCUCUGCAGCAGGCAAGGCUGUGAAAGCAUCGAAGAGCAAAGACAAAGAGAACAAGAAGCAGAAAGCAUCUCAGAAGCGGAAACUGCCAGGAGAGGACGGGGCCGUUGGGCAGCCUAAGGAAAAGAAGCGGAAGGGGCAAGCUAACGAAGAAGUACCCAAAAAGAAGAAGAAGAAAGCUGAUGACCUGGAGAAGCAGACAGGCAGCAAGGAAAAGAAAAAAACAACUAAAAGUAAAAAAAAAGAGUGGGAAAGAAAAGAAGAGCAAAAAGGGGUCUGCAGAAGGGGAGCUGGCAGCAGACGGCUCUGCUGAAGUUCAGAAGAAGAAGAAGAAGAAGAAGAAGAAAACGGCUGAGCCCGAAGGGAUGUUGUGAGAAGGUACAUGGCCCGUGGGAGCUAUCAGUUGGUCCCUCUGAACGGCGGUAACCUUGGCCAAAUUCAGUACUCCUGAGCCAGUCUUGGGAAGACAGUGUGCCCUCUAACCACCCACUGUGUGAGCCAAGCUGGCCCUAUGUUAGAGAGCCAGGGAGCGGAGCAGUGUAAGGAAAGCCAUAUAGAAGUGUGCUGGCUUCUGGAUGUGCUUGACCUCAACUCUAGCUGCUGAGAACUGGAUGUCCAGCCUAGACGUUGCUGUCCUCUGUCAUCAGCCUCGCAGCGUCUGUCUGUGCUGACCACAGGGAGCUUGGAAAAGUAAUGUGGAUUAGCUGGCGAAGUUGUAGCCGGCUGGAAGUGGACCAGAUGAAUCUGCCCUGGCUCUGCUCAGCUGUAAGGCUGUUACUCUCCUCCCCAUCCCUAACUCUUUUAAAUCCUCUCCCCAAAGGUACCGCAUCCCUGUGAUUAAGGAUUUAUGGGUGAAGAUCAAACAGAAGAGAGGAAAGGAAGCUCAUCAGGAGAAUUCCAACUUUUUUUUUUUUAACACAAUAAUUUAUAACUUCUUUUAACUGUGACUUUUAGAGCAGGGCAGUAUAACUUUCUGCUGCCUCCUGUCCUGCUGGGGCCCAGAGCUGUGUUUAUUGCCCUCCCCAGCAGCUCGCCUGCUGCACUAGAACUGAACCGAGGGAGGCGGUUUGACCAGAGAAGAUCCAGCUCGCAUAGACUGCUUUCCUCCUGGUUGACACCCAGCCAUCUUUCUCUUCACAGAGCUAUAUUUUUAAGAGAAACUUUUACUCUCUCUCUUUCCCUUCUGUGACUCGUGGUGUCAGUCCUUUUGCUACCGACGGAAGAGCGCUGUUUCGAUUUAGUUUUUAUUCUAACCUUGAUGGGAAUGGUUAUCGUGUCCCGGGAGUUGCACUGAACAGCUGUUUCCAGCAGCUGUUCUCAGCCAAGGCUGCAUUUUUUUUUUUUGUAUGGAAUACGAAAUAAAAGGAACGGUGAGACUUUG